CCGGGCGCCAGCUUGCCAUAGUGACACCAACAUAAGUUUGAGCAACAGGAAUGUGAAAUCGGCCGUUUAAAGGGAAAUCUGGUUCCAUGAUGAAAUGCAGGCAGCUGCGAUGGAUCCAGCCGAGGAGCCCCCCUCCAUCUUAUGGGGACUCGACCCGGUUUUCUCUGCAUUUGCUCGGCUUUUUGUCAGAGACAUCCUGCAGAUGACCGAGUCCAUACAGAUUCCAGGCAUCUAUUUCUACAACUUUCACCCGAUCUACAAAGUGGAUGUUCUUGGAACGGUUGUUUACAAGAGGGAGAGAGACGACUUCUUCUGUUAUGGAGUGGAUGAUGGUACGGGUGUUAUAAACUGUCUGUGCUGGAAAAGUAAGCUGCUGAAAGAGGAAGAGGAUCCCAAUAAAUGGACUAAACACAGUGAUGCAGACUUUGGAGGGUUCAAUCCGGUGGCCGAGCUCAGGAAACUGCGAGAGGCCCAGCAGAGGCGCUGCCGCCUGGACAUCGGAGAGCUGAUCAGGGUUCGAGGACCGGUGAAGACAUCGAGGCAGCAGAGGGAGAUAAUGGCUUCCACCUUCUAUAAGGUGGACGAUCCGGUCAUGGCGGUCCAGAUAGCCUGGAUGAUGGAGGUUCCUCAGCUCUACAGACAGUUUUAUGACAAACGCUUCGAGCUCAACGCAGCGGGGUACAGAAAUCCACCCUUUAAUGCCGAUAACCUCCCUGUCAGAUCCUUAAACAAAAUUCAGAAGGAGGCUGUUGCUGGUCCGUCCGGAUGCCAGCGGCUCAGCCAGCUCCUGAAGGAGGUCCUGCAGGUCCUGCAGAACGAAGGCGUGGUUUACCGUAAGGUCAAGUCCCAGGAUGAAGUGUAUACUGUGACCACACAAGACAAAGAUCUGCUCAUAGCUGUCAAAGAUGUCAUCAGGGAGGAUUCAAAAAGAGAGAAGUAUGCAGAGAAGGGCUGCCACGUCCUGCACAUCCUCUCUGCCGUCAGGCAGCGCUACAGCCUCAACUUGAGCAAGGCAGCUCUGGAGCUGGUCCUGAAGACGCUGGAGUGCGACAGUGACAUCGUCAGCACUAGCGACAGCCACUACGUCGCGUUCUAACAGCCACGGCCCGAAGCUAAAGAUGGAGAAGGAAUCAUUUCACAGCCGGUUGCUGAUGAAUCAGUGGUUCAGAUUGAUAAGGCGAUUCGGAUGUGUUAGAAAUGUUGUAUAAAUGUUAGAAAAUAAAUAAACAGAUAGCCGGAUUAGGUUGUUCCGACGCCCCGAGGCGAGAAAGGCUCCUGUGUUUGUUAGGCUUCACUUCUUUGAUGCUAUCAGAAAUAUG